AUGAUUUUGCAAUAUACCGUAAUGGGAACCGCUACUGGAGAAUCGUGUUAUAAUAAUAGCACUGACAUGAGCAUGUUUAAAAAGGUUGACCUAAACAACGAGGAGUUUAAAUCAACUCUAAUUAAAUCCGAGUGGCUAAUUACUAGCGCCACAGAAAACAACGAUGUUCAAUUUGAACGAUUAUACUGUAACCCGAAUAUAACGGACUCCGAAAUUGUGACAAAAGUAAUCGAUUGCUUCAAGAAUUACAAAAUCGCUUUAAAACCAGAAGAAAGGGAACUUGUUGGAAAACUGGACAGUAUCACCAGGAAAGAGUGCUAUCAGAAUAAUAAUGAUAUGAGUCGGUUUAGCAAAGUAGACUUGAGCAAUCAGGACUUUAAAUACAGCCUCGUUGAAGCGUGCGAUAUUGAUUAUGACCUCUGUUUAAAUCAUCUUGCUCAAUAUCCUAAUAUCCAAGCGUAUACAUUAAAGUGGGUGAAACAAUGCCAAUUAAAUGUUGUCUGUGGCGUAAGGGAGGGGUUGUUUAUUUAA